CACGCUGCGGUUGGUUUAGUUGCAGAACAUUCGUGGAAGAACGACAAUGGCCAAACGAGGGACCAGAGACUUUUUUGCUUGGACCGACGACGAGGUCGAACUGCUACUGAAAAUCACACAUGAGUAUAAGGUGGUCAAUGCGGCGCAAAAUACGGACUGGGAGUCGUUACAAAACAAGUACAGCGACAUAUUGGACCGUUUCAUUGAGCAUUAUCCCACGCCGGCGGACGCCAUGCACAUGGGAAAAGACUACCCACACAACAAAGACGAACUUACCAAAGUUAAAUUAACGACAAAGAUUAAGGCCAUACGAGUCCGCUACAGACAAGCGGUGGAAUCCGGUAAAAAAAGGGGCCACGGACGAGUUCUUUUGCUGUAUUUUGAGCUCUGCGAGUCGAUUUGGGGAGUCUCUCCAGCUACCAGUGCCAUUAGGGAAGACAUCAAUACAGAAGACAUCAAUACAGAAGACAUCAAUACAGAAGACAUCAAGACAGAAGACAUCAAGACAGAAGACAUGGCAGUGGAGGUCCUGGGAGCCAACGGCAGCACCUCUCACUGUGGGUCAUCUUCCGUGUCAGGUGGGGACAGAGGGACAAAGGAUGCGACCUCUGCGGAGACGGAGACGGUGGUAAUUCGCCGCCAGAGACUGGAUGCAUCCCUAGGUGGCCACAGGAGGGAAAGGCUAAAGAGGAAACUCUCCAUGGACUCAGUGGCACGGGAAGAUCUUGAAAUUAAGAGGCAGCUCCUUCAGUGUCUACAAGCCACAGACGCCAAGCUUGUGGAGACAAUGGGCCGGUGGUCAUCCUCCAUGGACCGCCUCAACACCAACAUUGAGGUGCUGAUGCAGCACAUCAUGGGAUCUGGGAACCGGCCUACGACGCCACACUCAUCGCACAACCAGGCACAUGGACAAACACCUAGUGAAGUUUAUUAUGUUACUGGUUAGUUAUGUUACUGGUUAUUUUCUAUUGUAUAUUUUAUUCUACUGUAAUAAAAGGUCCUUUGAUACCAAACCUGAGAUCUGACUCUUCCCAACACAUUCACUGAAGCAGAGAUGAAUUUAGUUUUUUUUAUUUUAUCAUUUACACACAAUAACCACCAACUAAGAUACUCUAAUGCUACACGGUUAUAAUAUCUACAACCUGUAGAAUUCAGUCUACUUUGCAAAAGGUUUGUCAUCUUCUGAUAAAUGGGCAUCUACAGCAAAAUACAUCUAUAACACAUUAUGAAUGCUAAAAAAAAUCCCAUUUGUUGAGUAAUGUUUCAAAAAAUGAAUAUGCUACUGUCUAGCAAAGUAAUCCUUUUAACUUCUACUCCAAUGCUACACGGUUAUUAUCUCACACACAAAAAUACUUUAAAAAAAGUUAAAAAUCAGACAUCUACAAACAUGCAGA